AUGACAUCUAAUAUUGCUGAGUCUAUCAAUUCAGCUCUCGUACAAGCAAGAGAAUUGCCAAUCUUUGAUUUUCUAGAAGAAGUUAGGAUGAUGUUUGGGCGCUGGAAUUGCACUAACCGACAGAAUGGUUCAUAUACAUUCAGAACACUUGGGAAGAAAUUCAAUGAAAUGCUUUCCAUUAAUGAGCAUAAAUCUGCACGCAUGAUGGUUUGUCUUCGUGUAUCUGUUUAUGUAAACACGGUAAUUAAUGAAGGGCAGCGUUUCAUAGUUUGUAUUGAAAAGAUAACAUGCAGUUGCAAAGAGUUCCAGAUGGAGGAGAUUCCCUGCCCACAUGCUUGGGUUGUUCUUAAGAAAAAAAAUCUCACAACUGACAACUACUACUAA